AUGAGAACCCCGAAACAAAAAUCGAAAUGCGCGAUUUGUCUAGAAGACGGAGAUGGAUUUCAUUUUGGAGCCGAGGCUUGCAAAGCCUGCGCCGCAUUCUUCCGUCGGAGUGUCACACAAAAGAAAAUGUAUAUUUGUCGAGGAGCAAAUGAUUGUGAUAUUGCAGCUAACAUCCGUUGCAUGUGCCGGGCGUGUCGUUACUCUAAGUGCCUCAAGGUUGGAAUGAAUCCUAUGGGUGUCCAAGUCAAACCUGAGCCCACUGAACUCCAAGAGCCCUCAUUUGAAUCCAUCCAACCAUCCACCAGCUCUACCACCCGCGCAUCCCUACUGACCCUCACCCUCCCAACAUCUUUCAAUGACUGUAUGCCACUCCUAUCCAGAAUGAGAUCAAACUACCAAAAACUAUGCGAUGCCCGAAUUGUGAUUCACAGGGAGGAGGGACAGAGUUUGUUUGAGGAGAAGGCUCCAAGAGCGAUAAAUUACAUGGAAUCGGUGAAUCAAGGGAUGAAGGAUGUUGGAUUGACAGCUGAUUGGAUCUCAUGGUGUUUCGAGGAUUUUGUGAAGUUACCGAUCGAUCAGAAGAACGCCCUAUUCCGCAACUUCUACACACCGUACCACAUGCUAGAAGGAAGCUUUCUAAGCCAUUUGAAAAAUGACCCGUUCAAGGUGAUACUCCCAUCAGGGGACUACAUUGAUAUGCAUCAUCUGGAAUUAUUCUAUAAGAGCGUAGAAGUUCCCCAACCAUUGGAUAAGGAGCAGAUUGAGAAGUUGUUCAAGCCAUCAUUCGACAUGCACCGCAAAGCCCUUAUUCUUCCAAUGAUAGCUGAAGAUCUUGAUAUCUAUGAAUUCCUCGCAAUAUCCACUAUCCUUCUGUGGGAUACCGGACUGGAGAAUCUUACCGAGGAAUCUGCGAAGACUGGGAAGAGAAUCAAGGAUCAAGUGAUGACCGAACUAGCUUUCUAUAUGAAAAAUGUGAAGAAAAUCGAGGAGCCAUCGAUACGAGUCGCUACUAUUGUAAACUUCCUGCCUGCUGUGUAUAAGAGUGCUCGAAGGAUUCUAGAUGAUUUGGAGGUGACACGAGUAUUCAAUAUUUAUACAGCGACCAAAGAAUUUUAUGAUUUGAUAAAUGGAAAUUUUUGUUAA